AUGCGUGCCUCCAUCAUCAUCGCCUCUCUCUCCACCUUGGCCAUGGGUGCCAUCGCGGCUGACUCGUCCAGCUCCGUCGAGGGUAACCCUGCCACUCAAUACCUCACUCAGACCAACUCUUUGGGUGUCGUGACUGGCCAGCCUCUCCCCGUGACCACACAGCCUGCCGCAGUUACCUCCCAGCAGCCUGCUGCCUCGAUUCCUGCCGGUCUCUCUGAGCCGGUAGUCACUCCGGCCACAAACACUGGCUCCUCCUCUUCCUCCAGCAGCGGCAGCGUUCCUACUCCCAUGGGAAGCGCCUCUGCCUCCAUGAGCGGCUUCUCCUCCGUCCGGAUGAGCUCGACCAAGACCUCCUCCGGCAUGGUCACCAUGACUGGCACAUCCACCUCCACCGCCACCGAGACGGACUCCUCUUCCUCCAGCGAGUCAUCGGGGGCUUCGGCCGCCUCCUCCACCGUCUCCAAGGGAGCUGCGAUGGCCACCGCUGCACCCAUGGGUCUGGCCGGUCUGGCUGCCCUGGCCGCUUUCGCUCUGUAG